AUGUCCCCUGAUGCAUUGCAGUUGCAGCGGAACAUUGGACACUUUGUCAAAAGUAUGUUGCCGGCGCUUCUUAUUCUGUGUUUUGUGCCAGUGGCAACUGCACUUGGACGAACUCAAGCAGUUGGUGUGAAAGGAGUUCUUAUAUGCAACGAUAAACCUGCGGCGAAUGUAGAAGUGAAACUCUACGAUGAGGACAAG